UUUCAGUGAUUGCUAUGAAAAAUCAAUUCCGUUGCAUGUUUUGCUGAAAUUAACUGUAAAUGCAAAGUAUAUCAAAGUAAAAUGGCUAUUGAUCCUUCAAUGCAACCAAAAAUUUCCAGUGUGUCAGUGGAAGACUGUGAAAGCAGGUUAUCAUACUUUGGUGAUUUUUACAUAUCAUGCCAUAAUCGACGUCGUUCUAUGCCGUUCAAUCAAAAGAGUAUCACGAAAUCUCGGACAAUGCCAUACCCGUUGUAUAGCGAUUGUUGUGAGAAUUCCCUGCCUAAUUCCCGUUGUAGUGCUAAUGUGUUAGCUGAUUGCCUCAAAUCUUCACCUUUAUAUCGCCGACAAGAAUCAGAACGAUGGGGACAAGCGAUCAAUUAUUAUCAAGAGAUGAUAGGCAAUCGUGAUCAGUGUUACACUUCACCUCCUAAUUCACCGGUCAAUUUAGGAACAUAUCAUAAAUAUUCCACUUGUGGUACAUCCUUUUCGGCUUGUGAUUCGCUCUCAGCUGAUAUCGACAAUAUAUGUGCAGUAGAUUCUUUGAAUGGAAGUCUAAAAGGAUCUUUUCCAUCGUUGACAAGAGUGUCUACAAAAAAUCGAAGCUUACAUGGAACAAAUCCACAAUCUCGUGGUGAAUCUUCACUUGAAUUGGAAGCUGUUGCUGCCGUACAUGAGCUAUCAUUUGCAGUCCAAACAAUUUCAGUUUCUGAAAUACUUCCUCGAACACCGGAUCUUAUCUUUGUUAAUGUUACCACUGUUGAAGGGCAACCAUAUUGCUUGGAGUUAACAUUAAAAGGAUGGCGUGUCACAUCUCUACGACAUGAUUGCAUGCAUGGUGAUUACACUCGUUUGGAUCUCUUCACAGUAUACUACGAUACAUUAUACGAUUUAAUGGAUAAACUUUCGCCAAACUACAGAAAUCUUUUCAGUGAGAAAUUGGCACAGAAAUUACGAAUGCUUCAGGCCGCUGAAGAUGAUGAUCGCACAACUUCAGCACCAUUUUCAACUGCUGCUACACAAUCAAAAAAUUUCACUGAUAAUUUGGUCACAGAGACACCAAUAUGCUACAUGACUUCAGCAGGAAACUCACAAACAAAUAAUAUUAUCAGUCAUGAUGAUGAUGAUGAUGACGUUAUCAGUCAUGAUAAUGAUGAUGUUAUCAGUGAAAAAGAUGAUAAUUCAUAAGUUCAUUAUAAUUUUCAAUUCUAAUACAUUGCACUUAGUUGUGAUGUCUGAUGAUGUAGUCCCAUUUCAUCGUUCUUUUGUUUUCAUUUUUGAAAUUCUUCCUUGUAUUUUUAGCUGAGCUUCAUAUCUCAUAUACAGUUGCUUAACAUACAGUUGUUUUUUUCUUUUUUUUUUAACUUUAGAUCCUAUGAAAAUAUCUUACUUUUUAAGACUUGUAUUUUUGUACGGGCCUAUCCAUACCAGUACCAAAUACGGGCCUUCCUCCGUUUUUCCAUCUUUUCUACUUGUUA